GAUCAGUGUACUUGAGAUUUAAAUAUUAAUUUAGUAUCAUCCACGCAUUGUGUCCACACAGCACUGAGGAAGCUGUGUUGCGGACUUGGAAGCCAAAUGGAGUAGAAGUAAAAACACAACGGACCUAAAAUGCGAAAAACCCUUGAAUGCAGAGGUCCACUCAACGCGUAAAUAAAACCAAACUGGUUCUUUCUUGCCGGAUCACUAAUGUAGAGAUGCUAAUGCUAGACGUCACUUGAACUGGGAGUUAAAACAAAACUAAAUUAAAGGCUGGCAUAGGGCAGAGGCCGUUAUGUAGCUCUGGCCCCUAGGAAGGCUAAUUUUGUUCUUUUUAUUCGCCGAAUAUUGGCCUCAGAUAAAUCAGCCCUCUGCCGUAUUACCAUCCUUGCAUUUAGUUUUGCUACCUUGUGGCACUCCAUAAAUGUUAAGGCUUGACUCAACCACGAAUUUUGUAGUGGGUUUUGAUUUCAAGUAGAAAGCUUUAUCUCAUCUUUGUGAAACUUGGCAUGCAGUUUCCUUUCCACGUUUGAAUCCACUUGAUGAGCUUUUUCAUUGUCUGUCCAAGUCACGUGACUAGCUUUCGCCUUGUAACGGUCAAAAUGUUUCGACGAAAAUGGGGAAUACUUACUCGGAGUGUAUUCGCCAUAUUUUAUCAUUUUUUCUAUGGCUCAUUGCAAGGGUUUUAGAGUGCUGCCUUUUAAUCAUCUCCUUAAGUUAUCAGAAACCGUCAGUUAAGUAAAACAGGUCAUGUGACUUAACAAACAUUCUAAUAGCCAGGGGCCAAUGCAAUGAAUACCGCGUUAAAAGGCAGAAUCAUGUUUAAAAUAUUUCUUUAGACCAUUUUGAUAUCGAAAAGUUUCACAUUUUUAAUGCGCAAAUGUACGCCAUUUGAAGAAACGCGUUUUGUGACGUCAUCAAGAGCGGAAAAUUACUUGACGGUACAUGUCACUCUUGUACGAUCAAAAACGUCAAAUGUUAAUUCUGCUAAGUUUACGACUGAAACAAACUUAUUCUUACGUCGAAUCUAAGCCUUACUGCGCUUUUCACAAACAUGCGAAUUCUGAAGUUCAAAAGCCAACUGACGAUUGCGUUUUUCGCUGCCGUCAAUCAUCUUAACGGACCUCUUAGGACACAAAACUUUACUUUAACGGGUUCAAAAGUUCAUGGUUUCUGAUUUGUGAUUGGUGAAUUUCGAUCCGUUUUGUGUGUUUCUGUGUUUCAAGGUUCGUUGCUUGUGAUCGUAAUUAUGAUUGACGCAGCAAAAAACGCAAUUGUGAAGGCGGCUUUUGAACUUUAGAGUUCGCAUGUUUGUGAAAAGCGCAGUAACAUACAUACAAGUCAAGCUGAGCGUGGAAAUGGCUACAAAUGCGAUUUGCAACACUAAAAGGCGUUCUUCCUGCUAAUUUGACGUCAUUAAACUUGCACAUAAGCCACAUUUGGACUUUUCCUUUGGAAUUGUGGCUGGCUCACUUUCUAGGAAAAAGGAAAAUAUAAUCUAGAAGGAGUAUAAGGCCGGAAUAGCGAAAUUGAGAGUGGAUGUCUGCCCAGAAUGUUAUUACUUUUAGCUGUUAGGUGUUAGUAUAACUCUGGCAGGAUUGGUCAGAAUUUCCAAAACGAGUUGUCUGCGCAAAUAUCUUUCCUUCCUUAAUUUGCUGCGUACCAACUUAGUCCAUUUUACUGAAAGCAAUGGGCUCUGAAAAGCAUAAUCUGUAUCGUCCCGUGAGGAACGACAAUGGCGCCAGCCAACACUGGUCUCUAAAGUGAAAAUCUAGAAGUCUAGAAUAAAUAAUAAAGAUGUGUGUAGCAUUCCAGUUGUCGAAAAAUCACGGUAGACUAGGUUUAAAAAUAGGUUUUCUCUAACUUCGAUUUGCACAUACUUGUUUUGGGAUAGCUCAAUCCAAUACUGACACCCUACGUUUCUCUUCUUUUCAUUCUCCUCCACAGCUCCACUGCUGUUGUACGCCAACCGAAAGGAUAUCAGAAUCUUUAAUGCAAAUUCCAGAAAUGAAAGUAUAAUAAUUGAUCAUUUAAAUGACGCCAUUGGCGUGGAUUUUCUCUUCGCAGAAGGAAUUAUAUUUUGGGCUGAUGUUAAUUUGAAAAAAAUCAAACGAAUUCGCGUCUCCACAGGAGAAGUCGAAGAUGUUAUUUCAGUUGAUUUGAAAAAACCUGAAGGACUCGCUGUAGAUUGGAUUGCAGGAAAACUUUAUUGGACCGAUUGUGGAGAUGGUAAAUGGGUAACAAAUAGAAUAGAGGUCGCGAAUUUAGAUGGAUCUAGUCGUAAAGUUCUCUUUCGGAAAGACUUGGGUCUUCCAAGGGCAAUUGCUGUCGAUCCGUUAUUGGGGUAAGAAUGACUUAUUCUUUUAAUUGCUAUGUUGAAUAUUAUUUUGCCGAAUACACAUGUCCUUGCAAAUUGCUUACUCUCUUUGUUAGCGUCCCUGAUUGCUGCAAGCUGCUCUUUAUACUGUUGGAAAACUAUUGACACAAUUUUUUGUUUAAAUUU